CUUAAAUGGCCAUAGUCUUAGUGUAGUGUAUGACCCGCCACAUUUAAUCAAAGGAGUGAGGAAUAACUUCUUGACGAAGCAUAUUAUAAUGGACGGCAAAGUGUCGAAGUGGCAAGACUUGGUGGACGUGUACCGCACGGACUGCCGCCACGCGCAAGCUCGCCUGCUGCACAAGCUCAACGACGAGCACAUACUCCCGGAGAAAAUCAAGAAAAUGAAGGUGAAAAACUGUGUGCGUGUUUUCAGUCAAACCAUGGCAGCAGCUUUAUCUUACACAGCUUCAUUUUCGCACUACGCGGACGGCACGCCUGUGAGCGCUACGCUGUCCAACACGGCAGAACUGGUGGCCUUCCUCGAUGACCUGUUCGACAGCGUCAACGGCGCCAGCACCCACCACAAGCACACAAAGGGAAAGCAACUGCGGACUGCCGUAACUGAAAACUCAAAACAUCACGAUUUCUGGGUGAAGGCGAUAGAAAUAAUAGAAAAAAUUGAAUUCCGUGAUAUCAACGGAAAAUUGACAACAGUUCCGACGUUGAAAAAUUGGUUGACAACUUUAAAAAGCUAUCAAAGGCUGUGGCAGGUUAUGAAAGAAAAAAUAUCAAGAUAAUGCGCCCGCGGUAUUUUAACUCCGACGCAAUAGAAAAUUUUUUCGGAAGAGUGCGAGCGUACAACGCCAGAAAUAACGACCCGACCUGCCACGCUUUUGAGUGCACUUUUAAGUCACUAUUAGUAACUAAUUUAAUAAAAUUUCACCAAAAUACAUUUAAUUGUGAGGAAGACUGUGCUGAGGAAGUUAUUAAAAUUCAGUCGUUGUUUGCUCACACUGAAGAAGACAAUGCAAUGAUCGAGGAUAGUACCAUAUUGGUUGAUUCUGCGCCUUCAUCAUUAUCAACCUUCACCGAUCGUGAAGACGGCGCAGAACAACUAAUCGUGCAAGCCACACGGGAGCGUCUGGAUGUACACUCACGGGCAUAUACCGCGGGAUGGGUCACAAGAAAAGUAUUAAAAAUAUUGAAAUGUAACGAUUGUGAGAAAGACUUAACAACUGAAGAAACGGAUAUCCAUAAAUGGAUAUCCAAAAGAGAAUACAAUGUCAUCAAAAAGAAUAAAUUGACCUAUCCCUCGGAACAUGCUGUGAGGUUUUUUGGGAACAUUGUAGACGAAUCGAAUGAAUAUUUGGAACACAAUGCCCAUAAAGCAAACAUCAAAAAACAAAUUACUCAAGUUGUACUUUCCAAAUAUUCAUUCGAUUUUGUCAAAUGCGAAAUGCACCGUGUUUUGGCAGGGCAGACGUUUUUAUCUGUAUCUCUGACAUUGUCGAUCUUCAACUGGUGCAAUACUAUAAAUAAAAUUUUAAAAGGCACUGAUGUGUCACGACUGACCAUGAAAAACUUGCCUCAAAUGCAAGCACAGGCUUUCAGGAAAUAUAAAAAAAGGUUUAGAAAUAAAUGAUUGUG